CUUAAUUUACACUACAUUUCUCACAAUUAUUUGUCCGUCCCUCUUAUUUAAAGUCAUCAAGUUAUACAGCUGAAAGGUAUCCUACAAUUGAUGGAAGAUCUGCUCAAGCAAGUGAGGUCCAAGUUAACCGGGAAAGAAGAAUUUGGUGGCUCAAGGGAACGAAAGAAGUCAUCGUUCAAAGGAGAAAGGAGACCUCCAAAUUGGAUUAGAAGACAGUUCUCUCGCCAAAUGAGUUACAAAGAGCCAAGUGAUGAAGCUGAGUAUGCUGCAGCAGUUGCAGCAGCAGCAUUUGCCAUAACAUCUCUUGAUUCGCACAACAUUGAUCAAACAAAACCCGAAUUAGGGACACAUUUUUCCCUGCCGCGAAUUUAUAGCAGAAUUAUCGACAGGGCAACAGACGAACCUAGCUCUGCAGCAACAGAUGAAUACGAACCAGAGGCCAGAAAUAUGAUGCCGGAGAAAACUAUACAUCCGGUACCAUCACCAAAACAAACGCCAACUCAACCGAAAAAGAGACCGACUUUUGCUGAUGAUAUAGAAGCGGAUCCUGGUAUGUCAUACGAUUAUAGGGAAAACGAUGAAUUGGAGAAUGCUAAGAGGUCGAAACCAACCAAUUCCUUUACCGGAAGGAGUCCAAGUAUGAGAAGAAAUUCAUCAUUUGGUGAAGCACAUAUGCAGAAUGCUAAAACAAAACAAGAAAUUUCAGCAGCAGAACCCAUUUUACCUUCCCCAAUCCCUCCUCCACCUGCAGUUCCACCGCUCAAUAUACAGCCCAUAGCUCCAUCUGAACGCCCAUCACGACCCAGAGAUGGGAAAUCAGAUGUAGAAUCAGAUGCAGAUGCUUGGGAAAGAGAACAAUUGGAAAAAAUUAAAGCAAGGUAUGCGAGACUAAACAACACAAUUCAGGAAUGGGAGGACAAGAAGAAAAAGAAAGCGAAACGAAAAUUAGAGACAACAGAGCAGGUUGGCUUUAAAACAAAGCAAGAAUCAAUUUGCUAUGAAGUUGAGAAAGCUAUUUUAACAACAAUUUGUUUGCAAAAACAACAGACUGAUCAUGAGAAACGUAGAGCCAGAGCCAUGCAAAAUUAUCAUAUAGAAAUGAGACGUAUAAAACAAAUAGCUGAUGGAGCAAGAGCACAAGCAAUAGAUAAAAGAAGGAAUGAAGAAUUAAAGGUGAACGCUAAGGCUAUGAGAUACCGAGCAACGGGAGAACCACCUUUGCCUCCAUCAUGCCUUUGUUUGUGAACACAUAAGAUCAGUAUUACAUCAGAUCACCGGGGCGGAUCAAAAGUAAAAUUAAAUGACGUUAAUGUAUUAAGUAUUGUUUUUAAAAAUUGUUGACAGUAAAACUUAAUUAAUAUUGGGAUAAAUUUGUCAUAUAUUUAUAUUUUAACUAACUUAAUCAGUAUACUUAUAUAUUAACAUAUUUAGACAUACAACUUGUUAAAUGUUGUCAGUUAAUAUCAUUAAAUAAGACUACAUUCACCCUGGGCAUCAUCAACU